CGCUUCUUCUUGUUGAUUUGGUUGGUGUGGACCUGCGCAGGAAAAGCAAAACUCGGCAAUGGCGGUUUCCGAGAGAUCAACUAAAGAGAGAUUAUUGAGUGUUUUAGAUGACAUAGAGGUGUUAUCAAGGGAAUUGAUCGAAAUGUUGGCGAUAUCAAGAAAUCAGAAGUUACCACAGCCUGGAGAGGAGAGUCAAAUCCUGGAGUUGUUGGUGCAGAGGGACGGGGAGUUUCAGGAGUUGAUGAAGGUGGCUCAGGAGCAGGGCAAAGUCCACCAGGAGAUGCAGCUUCUGGAGAAGGAGGUGGAGAAGAGAGACAGUGACAUCCAACAGCUGCAGAAGCAGCUUAAAGAAGCUGAACACAUACUGGCAACUGCAGUAUAUCAAGCAAAGGAGAAACUAAAAUCAAUAGAAAAAGCAAGAAAAGGUCGCAUCUCCUCUGAAGAAAUUAUUAAGUAUGCUCACCGCAUCAGUGCCAGUAAUGCGGUGUGUGCGCCUCUGACGUGGGUGCCAGGUGACCCCCGCAGACCAUACCCGACUGACCUGGAAAUGAGGAGUGGCUUGUUGGGACAGAUGAGUAACCUCCCUACCAAUGGUGUCAAUGGACACCUGCCUGGGGAUGCACUGGCUGCUGGGAGAUUACCAGAUGUGUUGACUCCGCAGUACCCUUGGCAGUCGAGCGAUAUGUCUAUGAACAUGCUGCCUCCGAACCACAGCAAUGACUUCAUGCUGGAGCCUCCAGGACACAACAAAGAGAACGAGGACGAUGUGGAGGCGAUGUCCACAGACUCCUCCAGCAGCAGCAGUGAUUCUGACUAGAUGUAAAGGAAAAAAGCGAGGGAGAGAGAGAGAGCGUGGUGUGGACUCAGGACUUACUAGCUGCAUUUUAGCAGCUGAGCAGAAACUUCUAUUCAACUUUGCCCUGUUGCAGAAGGGAAUGACAGUGGCUGCAGUUGGAAAAGCGUACUGGAUUCUUCUGCGCUGUAAACCACUCAGACUAUUUAAACACACAUUGAUACAGAUCUUUUGCCUUGCAGUAUAUUGAGCUAAAAAGAGCCAAUAAACAAAAGCCCGUAUCUCCUACUAAAUACCGCUUCAGUAUAGCUGGGUUAACACAAGACGGCUGGUAGGCUGCACUGUAGUGCCUUCAAAAGUUAUAUGUGGCUUACUUUUGUCACUGUAAUUUGCUAUAUGCAGUCAGGACAGUGCUAAAUAGACACAGAAUACCCUGCUUCAGGAAUGAGAGUUAAUUGGAGAAUGGUUCAUUGAUUUGGUGGUGCAUGAUGUUAUAGUUAGUAGCACCCAAGGAACUUAAAUUAUCUUUGUACUGAAGAAAGUGGAUACUAUGCAACAGGGGAUGUAUUCUGUGAAGUUAACUGUUUCAAAAUAGUACCUAGUGGUGAUAGAUUUUUCUACUGAAGUGGACUGGAAUUGUAAAUAGUACUGUAAUAUAUCAAUCGUGACAUUUUCCUACUUUGUAAAUUAGAGUUGAAAAGAAAAAUAAUCCAGUCAUUGAAUUAAAUCUGUACAAUUGAAGGUAUGUCAAAAUGUGAUGAACAAGUUCUACUAGAACCAGCACAGACUAUUCUAACAGUAAGUUAGCUGCUAAUGCAGAGCAGAGAGGCUUGACUGAGUCACAAGGAUGCAUGCUUUUGUUAAUGAAAAAUGUAUUGCAGGAUAAAAGCAGACAAUUUCGCUUUUUUUUUGUAUAGAGGUUUAGAAAGUA